AUGAAGUUUAUCUGCUGGCUGUACCUCUCUGGGCUGGUGUUGGCUGUGCUGAUCCCAGCAGCGUGGCAGGUGGUUCCGAGGGACACAGGAGAUGCACUCAGAUGGCCCUCAUACGAAGCACCAUCCAACACGAAGCGGCACUCGGAGGGCACCUUCACCAGCGACUUCACACGCUACCUGGACAAGAUGAAGGCCAAGGACUUUGUGCAUUGGCUCAUCAACACCAAACGAUACAGCUCCACCAAGAGGUACAUGAGGGAGCAGCCCCGCAGCGUCCCCUUCCUGGCCAUGCUGCCAGCAGCGUAA